AUGGCUUGUGGUCCUGCAGAUCUGUCAGUAACCGGAUACGGCGUUGGGGUCGGUUUGUAAACCGUUGCAAGUAGUUUUUUGGGUUAAUUUUCUCUUCAUAUGUCUAGCAAUAACUUUGUCAGUUGUUAUAAGUUUAUUUGUCUUGGUUAGAUUGGGCGUUUUGUUAUUAUAAGCACAGAAAUGGAGGGGAUGGUUUAAUAACCCACAGCACGGUUCAUUCUCAGUAGCUCCAGCUUCUCCCGGUCUUACCGGGUGGGUUCAACUUGUGCAGUUUUUCGCUGGACAUGGCAGGCGGGUUGAAAGCGGGAUUCGUGCGGCUCAUGCACCAUUUGCAGGACCCUCAGCACGUCGCGCGCUUCCAACGGCUGUGCGGGGUACGCGGAACCGAACCGCGUGACAGACUCCGUUACGGGGCACCAAGUGCUCGCCACGGGGAUGUUCAGAACGGAGGCGGGGAUGCCGCCCGCCGUAGAACAGCAGGAGCAGAAAGCGACAGGGAGAAAGGCAGUAACGUCUUUGCGAACGGCGCUGCAGGAGAUAACGUCAACGGGCAGGCACGGGAUAAAGACGCGGUCGAGGCUCAAGGAUCCGCGGUAAAGCCGUUUCGCAGAAACUCUCUCACUGGAGACGUCGGGCAGGAGUUCAUCAUCGAUAAUAAGUUUAUUUUCUACCUGUUCACGCUUGGUACCGAGCUAGGGAACGAGCUGUUCUACAUCUCAUUCUUCCCGUUCUUCAUGUGGAACGUGGACGCGUAUGUGAGCCGCCGGCUAGUCGUGGUCUGGGUGUUGGUCAUGUAUCUCGGCCAGUGCACGAAAGAUGUGAUCCGGUGGCCGAGACCUGCCUCGCCUCCGGUGGUCAAGGUGGAGAUGUUCUACAACUCGGAGUACAGCAUGCCCUCCACGCAUGCCAUGUCCGGUACCGCCAUACCCGUGAGCCUGUUCCUGCUGACCUACCGUCGAUGGGAGUAUCCUCUGCUGCUGGGUCUCUCUCUGGCCAUCAGCUGGUGUGUCCUAGUGUGUUUGAGCCGCAUAUACAUGGGCAUGCACUCCAUACUGGACAUUAUUGCUGGUUUUCUGUACAGUUUGCUGAUCCUGGUGGUCUUCAGUCAUGCUCUGGACAUCAUCGACACCUUUAACUGCACACAUCCCUAUGCCCCGCUCAUCAUCAUCUCCCUUCACGUAGGACUAGGCCUCUUCUCCUUCACCUUGGACACCUGGAGCACCUCACGCGGCGACACUGCCCAAAUCCUGGGCUCUGGGGCGGGUAUUGCCUUGGCAUCCCACAUCAACUACCACCUGGGCCUUUUGCCAGACCCACCUGCAUCAGUGUUGCCUCUUCAGCCCCCAUCUUUCACCCUCAGCCUGAUCGGACUCUGUCUACUCCGCUUUCUCCUCGGUGUCCUCAUUCUCUUGGCUACCAGAGCUGUAAUGAAGGCUCUCACCAUCCCGCUCUUCUGCUGGCUCUUUGGGAUUCCCAGCAACGACGUUCGGAAGGCCAGGCAGCACAUGGAGGUGGAGCUGCCGUAUCGUUAUAUCGUCUACGGAACAGUGGGGUUAAAUGCGCUUUUCCUUGUGCCUUUCCUGUUUGCACAUGUGGGCCUGUUGUGAUUAGAUGAAAGAAACACCUAUUCUUUCAGCCAAUAAGAGCCCAAUUGGACUGCAGAGGCAACUCCCUUUGAAUCAGUGAUUGGAUGGAACUAAUGCCAAUCAUGUAACACUGUGCUGCACCUUCCAGAUGCUCCUCAAAUGCGUUUUCCAUCAUUUAUACUGUAGUUUUAUCAGAUGUUCUAUUCAAAAUACCUGUUUGGUGCUGAUCCAGAGAAUAUUGCCCUUUUCUGUGCAGUUUGCAUGUAUAGUACAGUAGCAUAUCUAUCAGAUUCUAUUCUUAUCUAAAAUUGAAAACUUUUGUAUCCUACAGUGCUUGUUAUAUUUUUCGCAAGCAAUACAGCAUUUGUGCUAAUUAUCAAACUUUAGAGGAAUUCUGACUAGUCUUUUGACAAGUUUUUUCAUGCCACAGUAGGAGGACUCCAACUCUUGCAUCAAGAGUUGACUGAAAUUUCUCUUUUUGAAGGUGUGACUCAUGCAAAUUAGCAUGCAAACAUCUCUACGAUGAAUUGGCUGGAACUGAUGGCAGCAUUUAUAUUUCUUUUGUUUGCGAGAUUUGAAUCUGAAAUCUCAAAUGUUAAUAGAGCGUUGGGAGCAGCAUUGAUCUUUGUGGUAAUUUUGUUGUAGUUUAUUGACAUGUUUAAUUUCAGAUCUAAAGCAAGUCGGACUGUUUCUCCAAAGACCUUUGUAAUGAUAGAAGCCUUAAAUG